CAAAGCUCUACUACUUUCUUUUGCUAACGGUUAAUGUUAUUUGUGGCCUACAUUUGUUACCAACAUUUAAAAUGAACUGGGUUACAGCAAUGAAUUUACGGCUGUUUUGUCCGUUGCUAGUGUAUUUUGUCGUUUUGGCUCCGGCAAUGUAUUUUGAUUUGGGAGAACAGGAGGAAAAAUGUAUCAUUGAGGAGAUUCCAGAGGACACACUGGUGACAGGUUUCUUCCGGGUAGAGUAUUGGGAUGAAAAUAAGAAGGCCAAUACCCCACACCUUGGUUUAACUGUCACUGUGAGAGAUCCACAGCAUUCGGUAAUCUUGUUAAAACGCUUUGGGAGAUAUGGAAAAUUUACCUUUACGUCCCAUGCUUCGGGUCAGCAUUUCUUAUGUAUGAAAUCCAAUUCAACCAGAUUCUCUGUGUUUGCUGGUGAUAGUUUGAAAGUGCAUUUAGAUGUCCAAAUGGGUGAGCAUACCAUUGAUCCUAGUGCUGCCAAAGCAAAAGACACUAUGAAAGCAAUGGAGUACAACCUGCAACAUCUCAUUGACCAGAUCCGGUACAUUAGCAGGCAGCAAGACUUCCAGAGGGAACGUGAGGAGACGUUUCGCCAAAUGAGCGAGGAAACAAAUGGAAAUGUUUUGUGGUGGGCCAUUAUUCAGACAUCAAUACUGCUCUCUGUUGGAUUCUGGCAAAUGAAAAGCCUCAAAGACUUUCUCAUUGAAAAGAAGUUGGUUUAGUUUUAUGAAUUUAUGUCUGCAUGUACUGUAUGCAAUCUUGUUUGAAACAUUUGAAAAAUACAUGUGUGCAAAUGACCAGAUAGUUCAACCAAAAUUGAAAAUUCUCCCAUCAUUUACUCACCCU